ACGGGAACCAAGCUAUGGUCUUGGUGAUAGUUUGGCGGUUCCAGAGAAGCGACGGGUAGGGCCAGUUAUUGUUGAAGUACAAACGGGUAUCAAGAAAAUGCAACGUCUGCAAUACUUGACAGAGUCUG